UUCAUCUUGUGGAAGGACUCUUCGCUGCCGCUUCACCUCUGAGGACCUUUGGUCUUGUAGCUGGGCAGACUCAAGGUGUGUCUCUUGUAGAUCGGAGUGCUCCCAGUGCCAUGGAUAGAGGCCGUUCCUUUGCAAAGAGCUCCGGAGGGGAUGCUCAGAUAUCAGAGAAAUGCAAGACCUUCAAGGAUAUUUCCAAAUACUUCUCUAAGGAAGAGUGGUCAAGGCUGGGAUACUCACAGAAGACAAGCUAUGUGUAUAUGAAGAAAAACUAUGACACCAUGACUCGUCUAGGGCUCAAGACCAACCUCCCAGCUUUCAUGAGUUCUAAAAGACGGGCCAUAAAAUCCCAGGCGCAGGGUUCUGCAGGUCAACGUCAGAGCCGCAGGAAUCAGAAUGAACCUCCUCAGGGGGCUUCUCGUGGGCAACAGAGAAAAUGCCCAAAGAAAGUGAUGCCUAAGAAGCCAACAAAGAAAGGAAAUGAUUUGAAGGGAGUGUCAAGAACACGUGGCUCGGAACGGGCUCAGAGACAGCUGUGCCCCACUGGAAAAGCAAGUACCUCUAGGAAGCAGACUAAGAAGACAGGACACAAGAAGAAGGGUAAAAAUGCCUGGACCCACCGGCUGCGGGAAAGAAAGAAUCAAGUAGCAUAUGAAGAGAUCAGCGACCCUGAAGAAGAAGAAGAAGAAGAAGAAGAAGAAGAAGAAGAAGAAGAAGAAGAAGAAGAAGAAGAAGAAGAAGAAGAAGAAGACGACUGCGACGACUGACUCUCCUCAGGGAUGUGACACAUGCCCGUGAUGAGAAGCAGAGCCUGGUGACCUUUCACUAACACAGGCAUGGCUGUGAACUCCUGGCCAUCAGAAGUAUAGGAAGUGAAAGGAAGAGUUCACAACAGUGAAAAGUUUAGCAUUGUUUUUCUUACUAUAUGCCAAGCAUUCUGUUAGAUAUUAGUAUUUCAUUGAUGAGCAAGACUUACCUAAUGAAUUUUUCUGUCUGUGUAUCCAUGCACCUAUCUUAGAAAGCAAGCAGUAUCAAAAAUUCUCCAUGCAGAAAACACUACCCUCCUCUCUCCCUAGAUAGAACUACUGAGGAAAGGUCUGUGUUUAAUUCCAGACUUUUUUCUUUGCAUUUACACACACAUACAAACACUGUUUCCUGUUCAGUGAGUGCUCCUUGCUGAUAGCCCCUAUUGUUUACCCUACAUCAGUCACUGACAAUAAAUAUUUACAAACUCUUCCCAGUU